GCAAGCUUCAGGAGAAACUUGCAAACGGCACAAACCGCCGGCGCGAAGCAACAGCAGAAGGCUUCACUCGCAGGACCCGAAGAUGCUGGCGAGGAACAGCACGUGUAGUCUCCAAGACUUCCACGUGGGGUCAUCCGUAGGCUCCAAGAGCCUGCAGACGGCACAAGCUGCCAUCGCAAAGCGACAACAGAAGGCUUUCACCCGCCAGAUCCGAAGAUGCUGGCGAGGAACAUCACGUGUAGUCUCCAGGACUUCCACGUGGGGUUGUCUGUCGGCUCGAAGAGCGUCAAGACGUUACAUCUGCCGCCACGAAGGACUGACAGACGGAACACCCGAAGGUGAUGAGGAAGGAAGAAAAGAAAUGGAACUCGACGAGAAGAUGGACGGGCUUAUAUAUUCGUUUAUUAUGGGUCGCCUCGUCGUAGCCCCAUAUUUUUCUUCUGCAGUGGGUGGCUGGACUUGGACUUGGACUUAUGUUUGUUCUUCUGCCUGGCGUGGUCGGGAAAGCCUCCUGGACAGCUGGGCACGUUUUGAUACUGUACCGUCACAACAGGAAGCGGAUCCUCUCGCCCUUCGUCCUGUCAAGCCAUGUGCCGCCAAUGGGCCCCAUAUCAAUCGAUCCAUGUGGGGCCGGUCUGGGAUACCAGAAAUGUAUUUCAUGAAUAGUGGAUCCUUACGUGCAGUACAGUACUGUACAGGUAUGGAAUGCAUUUUCGGCUUCCCUGCUUGCAGCAGGCCAUGUUCCCAAAUGCGUACUGUGCUUAGCCACUUGCCAAUCAGUUCCGAACUCACAUAAUCAUCACUUCUAGGCUUGUCUGUCCGACCGGUUUAGUGAUCGAUCUGGCCCCCAUCAGCUAGACUGCAUGUCUGCGAGACUUGAUCCAACAGCCGCCAUGACGAGGUCAUCCACAUGCUUUCCACCUCUCUUUCGAUACAAUCAUUUGUCUCUUCGCCUCGGUUGCGCUUUUGCUCCAGGUUUCUACUUUCAUCGUCUGA